AUGGGGCCCCGGGCAUUAGGGGAUCAUGGGGCCCCUGUGUCCUUGCCCACACUCAAAGAUUGCAGCAAAGGAUUUUUGGAAUGGUGGCUAAGAACCUCCAUCAACUUCCAAGCUGACCUUCAGACAUAGGGAGAUGGCCGGGGACACUGCAGGGGACACAUGGGUGGAGCGCAGACAGGGGCGGACUGACAACUAAUGGGGCCCUCGGGCAAUAGGGGAUCAUGGGGCCCCUGUGUCCUUGCCCAAACUCAAAAAAGACUAUGAAAAAGGUACCAGGGGCAUCUCAUGGGGCGCCCUACUGCCCCCGGGCCCUCGGGCAGUGCCCUAAUUUCCAAAUGGUCAGUCCGCCCCUGAGCGCAGGACAAGGUAAGUGC